CCUACAGUAUACUACCUGGGUAUAUUGACACUAUACACUAUACACUUAAACACUUAACACUUUACCCUUUACACUAUACCAACCACAGGCUUGCUGCAUACACGCAUCCCGUCACUGCAGAUUCUGUCAUUGCCUGAAGUUCGCGACAGGGCUUACCAACGGGACAAGUAAAUAGCUCUAGGUCGUAAUUCUGGGACCCGCGUCAGGGCAGGAUUGACGCAUUCGUCUGCAGCUAAGCCGCGCUUCAGUUGCAAGCCCUACCACUUGCAACGUGUCAGAGGCAGGGACACAUCACCUCUACCUUGUAACCAGCUGUGCGAGCUGGCAGUCCAAGAAAAUUUUUUACAAGAAGCUACCACCCGCUGCAGGUAGCCAAAUAUGUCGGAUUCCCCCCAAUCUCCUCCCAAGGACGUCGAGCAAGGUGUACAAUCACCCGACGAUGAAGCACAAAUGAACGACCCUCAGGACCCACACGGCUCUGGCCUCGCCUAUGAGUUUGAGGUAAAAGAGCAGGACAGGUGGUUGCCCAUAGCCAAUGUUGCCCGGAUUAUGAAAACCGCCUUACCUGAGAAUGCUAAGAUCGCAAAAGAAGCGAAGGAGUGCAUGCAAGAAUGUGUUAGCGAAUUCAUCUCCUUCAUCACGAGCGAAGCAUCGGAGAAAUGCCACCAGGAGAAGAGGAAGACCGUCAAUGGCGAAGACAUCCUAUUCGCAAUGACAUCCCUGGGGUUUGAGAAUUAUGCAGAGGCACUCAAGAUAUACUUGUCCAAAUACCGAGAACAGUCCCAGUCGAACCGAGGUGAGGCCCAACAGAAUAGGCCGAGUAGCCAAGGUUACGGGGCAGGUGCACCUGGUGGAUCCGGUGCUGCCGGGACGGCGGCCUUCCAAGGAGGCGACGGAGCCACUGGCAUCGGCGAAUCCGGCGAAGGCUACAUCUACACUCAACCUAGUCACAACGGCGCGGCUGGCGAGUCCUAUUAAGUCUUGCGCUUAGUGCCCGAUGGACAAUUGGGUGGAUAGGCUGAAGUAAAUAUGGCCUCAACCUGUUCUAAUGCCGGGUUGUUAUGAAACGGUCUAUAUCUUCAAGUGU